AUGCCGAGCAACACGAAGCUAUCCCUCACUACUGGCGAGGAUCCACGAAAUAACGUCCUGUACGAGGACGGACGAGCUGUCUACAGAAUUGUCACCCCGUUCGCUUUCACUGGGAGAAAGACGACCAUCAGCAAAAUUGUCGAUGGCGGCUUGGCCCGGGCCGUUGCAGAGAUCGAGUGGCACUCGAUUGCGUCGUCUGUCUUCAAGUUCGAUGGCGGGGAGGUGAGUACCAGCAAUUACUUCCGCAGCACAGCGCUCUCUGGGAUCAUCGGAAGCAACCGCAUUUUCACCGCUCCAAACGGCCGGGAGUACAAGUGGAGGUUCAGCGUCAGCUCGAAGCCAAAGCUUUAUGUCAACGACGGUUCUGACACCACCGUUGCUUGUUUUCACGGCUCCUCCAUUGGACUUCUCUCGCCAACUAGGGACGCCUAUCUGGAAAUAUACCCUGAAGGUCGCCACAUCAAGGAUGUGAUUGUGAUGACGUUCAUAUACGUCGAGAAGCUUCGCAGGGAUAAGAAACAAGCUGCGCAGUAA